GCGAAAAUGAAAGAAAAAUAAAAACAAAAACCAAUGCAUUCAUUCAUAAGCAACAGCAAAGUGGUCGCGACGAGUGUCAAAGAAGAAGCAUAAAAGAAAGGGCGAGAGAAGAAGCAGAAUACAAAGCCAAACACCCAAACAAACAAACGCAGCGUUUAUUUUUUCGCAUUCGUUUAAUAUUUUUUUUAAGACUGUGGGAAAGAUGCUCUAGAAAACAUGGAAUCAAUUGUUUUACAUGCAGAUGUAGCACGUCUGGUUCUUGGCUAUUUGGUUAAACAAAACCUGCGACGAGCGGCUUACAGUUUAUGCCGAUCAUCGCCACACUUGAAACAAGAGUUCUUAGCGCUCAAGCAGGGAUUGCAGUCGCACAAUUUCCUUAAUGAUGGUCUGGACGACAUCAUACGCGAACAUGUUAAGAUAACAGGCUUGGUGGCAAAUGCCUUGCAAAAGCUACCGCUAGACAAACGCCAACAGCUGCAGAAUCUAAAGCUAUCCGAGAGACUUGCUGAACUAAUGAGACUGCAAGUGGAAAUACAUCUCAAAAACACAUCGAUAAAACAAAAUCAUCAGGCUAGAGUGGAUGUAGAGACAGAGACAGAAGGCCCUACGCGUAAAAGGAAGCACAUACGUACCCAACACUCGACACCUUCGCCUCCUGGUUUAUGUAAACGUCCGCGUCUGUUGCCUCCCCAUUUCUAUUCUCAUAUUGGCAAUCUCAGUAUUGAAGACGAUGACCCAUUUUGGGAGGAUGUUGACGAUGACGAUGACGAUGACGAAGAUGAAGAUGAAGAGUGGCAUGAAGAAGAGAGCCGCAGCUCGGCUAAUAGCGAGGAGCCACCGGAGCAAGAGGAUCACCAACAGCAGAAAACUGUGGCCGCACAAAAAACACUAAUAACGCCCCAGACUAUGCCAGAGCUUACGCAGGCCAUAAUGACCAAUCAGGAUUUCCAGGAGAAGCUGCUGACAAACAUUAACAUGGCCCUACAGACAGUCACGGUUAAUGCUCCAACUGUUAGCUCAGAGGCGGUAUUAGAUGGUCUUGUAAAGAAUAUACUUGAGGCUACAGAAAAGGAUCCAUCGUUUGAUCGGAUUAUUCAGGAGGUGGUUUCGUCUGGAGAUCAACAAGUGGAAUCGAGCGAAACGGAGAAAGACAAGGUUGAUGCUGACGUCGACCCAGCUCCUCCUCAAACUCCAUUAAUCAUACGUACAGCAGUGGCAGCUGCUACGGCGUCGGCGUCGGUUCCCGCAACCGCCGAUCCCAAUUUUUCUAUAUCCAAACUGAUUGUGAUGAACUCAAACGACAGUGCCCAAAAGUGCGCCGCCAAUGUGAGCUUUGGCAGUGAAAAUCUCAACUUAAACUUCGGUGAUCCCAGCCAAAGCCUAAUAGCUUCGGAUACAGAGGUGGGGCAAGUGUGUGUCGAUGCCACAACAGGCCAGUUAACAUUACCCAUGUACCUUUCGAAUGGUGGACUGCUUUCACAUUUUCCAUUUUUGGUCAAUAAUGAAUGGGUGGCACAACAACUUGGUCCGGAUGCCUUCGCCAAUGUAGAUGGCUCUCACAUUGAGAUUUCUCUGCCUGAGCCCAUUACACUGACGGCUGAUCAAUUGCCUCCGAACUCAAUUAUCAUUAAUUCGACACAAAAGCAAUCGCCACCACACCCGAUAUCGGUGGAACCGCCAGAACUACUCAUCCAGGAUAACAACCACGAGUUGCAGGAGGGAGCUGGAGAAGCGGAGGAGCGAUUGCAUUCAGCGGGUAAGGUUCCGCCUGCUUCGCUGGACUCAUCCCGAUUAGUUUUAGAACGAGUUACACCCUCAGCGGCGGGUAUUGUCAACGUGAAAGCAUAUAGAAGCCUCUCUACACCACGGAAACGUACCUCGCAUGUAAGAACAUUAAAUUUCUCACCAAAAGUUGUCCCUUCCGGGCAGCUGCUCCAUAUUCAUAACCCUCCCCAUCAUCAGACGCCGCUUUCCACUCGCCGGCAAACAACUGUGACUGCGACUAAAGAGGUUAAGACCAUUGAAGCUACUGUGGAAAUCGUGCAAGUGGACGCCGCAUGUACGAAUUCCUCAGAUCAAAGUGGAAAUGAAAGUCAUAGCAGUGUUCCACCUCUCUUUGUCAUGGAGGAGAGCAGCAAUCAGACGGUGAUUAAAGCUCCGCCCAAAGCCAAGGCGCCUGGUCCAAUUGCUGCAAUUGCUCCAACUGCAGCGACACCGAAACGUAAGCAGAAACGUCAAGCUGCUAUUAAGGCCUGCAAGCGAAUCAUCUCUCAGACAGCUAUUCAGCCCGAAGAUCCCGCUGGCGCUGCUGCUGCUGGCAAGGUGCUAGAGCCAGUGACAAAGUCCAAAGAAGUUACUGGAUCUCCCCAUAACGACAGUGCCGAGGCCAGCAAGGAGAAUCAGAUGGGUCAGAUGAAAAGCAAUACUGAUGACAAUUCUCAACAGGAUGAAGGGAAUGCUAAAGAUCUCUUGGCUGCUUGGCAAAAACAAAUGCAGGGUUCCAGCUCAGAUCUGGAGAAACGUUUACGUGAGAUUAAUGCCAAGCGUCUGGACAAUUUAAGGGGUCAGCCCAGUCAACGACGCCAGCGGCGUAAAGCUGGCGCUACCCCUGCAGCUGCCAAAAGGAAGAACACACCCAAAGCGCUGGCAAAGAAGAAGAAGCUCAUCCGCAGUAACGAAACAGUUGGAGAAUUUAAUAUCAAAAUUACUACGCCACAAAAACUAAAGAUGAAAAAGAAGAAUCCGCUGGCCGUGCUAAAAGAGGAUGAAGUGCUGCAGUUGCCGCUGCCGUCGCAAGAAUCAAAGCAGCUGCCACCGCCCCAAUCAGUUCCACCAUCAAUUGUUCCGGGCAGUCAUCCUGCAGAGAUGGUGCCAACCAGUAUGGCUGUGCUAUUAGAGACACCUUUUAAGGAGCCAUCUGGCUUGUUACCCGUCGGCGGGGGAACAACAACGAUCAUACCACCCACUCCUGGGACGGCUUUGUUACCAUUGGACACACCUUAUGGCAAACAUCUGGCAACCACUUCAUUCCUAUUUGGAUCUGAUACCAAGAGUAUCAUAGAUACUCCUCAACUGAGCGCCAUUACGCCAGGAUUCCGAUGCACUCCGUUUGGCCACACACCUGGAACACCGGUGGGCAGCGCUGCCAAAACAGAGUAUUCCUCGGGUAGUUCCUAUUAUCGACCAGAUGAGGCCGAGCACACGGACACCAAUGCGCAGUGCGCCAUUCAGCAACGGGACAUAGCGGAAGAGGUGCAGCACCAGCCACAGGACCGCGAUCACGAGGAAGAGGAGGAGCCAGUGGCGAGCACUAUCCCACCCACUGUUAGUCUCAUGGAUGGACUGUGCACCGAGCGUUUGGCCGUGGAGCCAACUGUGCUCAGGCGUGUUCGAUCCUUUGGUUGUGAGGCAGUGGACAGUGCGGAAGCAGCUGCAGCCAUGCCCGAACACAACAUGGAGAUGGUAGCAGCUCCACACUACAAAUUGGUGGCCGGUUUGCCCGAUGCUAUCGUCGAGGAAGAGGGAUGCUCAUCUAGUUCAAGUUCAUCCACAGCUACCAGUUCGUCCUCAUCAUCCUCCUCGAGUAAUUCCACAAGCUCCAGUUCAUCCAGUUCCAGUUCAUCAUCGUCAGCCGCAAGUGGAAAAUCUGCCGAAAUCAACCGAGAUGGCGCAAAGGAUCCAGAAGAGGAUGAAACAUCAGGCAAUGUUGCCCAAACGACUUGCCGUCUCAUGGACAUUGACAAUCUGUCGGAAAUUAGUAGCACUGAAGACGAGGAGUGGUGCAAGGCUUCUUUAGGUGACCCGAGCGUAAGCCAGCCCCUAGCCGUUGACAGCCAGCCCGCUCAGUUGCUUAGUCAGGAUGGCGAAGUUCGGUAUCCCAUACGCAAUUGGCUAACACCCAGCAAGGAGCCCACUACAGCUCCAGUUAAUAUCAGUGGCGAGACGCUUGUUUCGCCGCCACCACCACUGCCGGUGUCAUCUUUACCUGCACCACUACCGCAACUGCCCCCACCACCACCACCAAUGUCUGCUCCGAAAACUUUGCCCAUUGCUGAACAGCCAGCCGCCAAUGUGGUCAAUCAACGUAUGCAAGAGCUGGCUGAGAAACGGGAACGGGUUAAGGCCAAGGUCAAACAGAAAGAGGAGACACAGACACGAGCGCCAGCCAAAAAGAACCAGAAGAAACUAACGGUCAUGCGAGAAUCAGCCAAAUUGGCAAAUCCUCAGGCUCAGGCCAAAAAUAAGUCCCCCAAAAAGAGUGCAUCCGACAGGCUCUCACCUCCGCCAGUGCAUCCAAUUCCGACCUCAACUGAUGCACAGCCUCCUGCCAGCAAAUUGGAUCCCGCACUGCUUAUGGCCUUGAAUCUAUCAGCCAAAAAGCAACCACAAACACAAUUGCCGCCUGUCGCCCCUGCGAAACCAAAAACUAAAAUUGCCCGAGCCGCUGUCGAAAUUGCCGCCCAACCAGCGCCCGGUACCCCAACAGGCCCACGACGACAAGGUCGUCCCAGACGACCAACCAAUGACGAUGCUGCCAAAAUUACCACGCGCCGCUCAUCAAGACUAAUUGAAACCAAGAUGUCUGGUAUUAUCAGUACCGCUGUUGUCGAGGAGGAUCAGCAAUCCACCACAAAAGAGGCAAGCAAACCCACAAAACCCACCAAGAAGCCAGCAAAGAAACGCGCUGAAGCCAGAUCGACGGGAUCAGGAACGGGAGCAACUCUUGCAUCAGCAUCAAUACCAGCACCAGCAUUGGCCAUUCUAGUCGAGGCUCAGACUACUCAACCCUCAUUGGAACCACCCACCAUUGAUCAAAAUCGAUCUGUUGCUGUUCCGUCUCCUGUCGUGCCCGCUGCUGAUGAUGGUUCAAUCAACGAUUUUGAGAUGGAUCUUUGCCUCAGUUCAGAUCGCCAAAUGAAUAAUUUGAUUACGUACGUCUAUGCAGAUGAUGGACCAAGGCCAAGUCAGUCGAAACUCCGCCAGCCAGAAAGCUAUUUCAACAACUAUCAAAUGCGCGUCAUGAUGGAAGACAAUGAGAUGCACACGAUGCGUUUUACAAAUCUCCAAUUGCUUCAUAAGUCUACCGAUAGUGCAAUGGCCGUAGGCGGCGGCCAAUCAAAUAAUAAUAAAAAUAAUAUACGAAAUAUACCCAAGAAGCGCAUACGACGUAUUACAGCCACAAUUAUAAGUACAACUCCUGCUAGCACUACAAAUGGACUGAGUGGAAAAGAGCAACCCACUGCCACAUCCACACCGUUGACAGAGAAAGCACAACAAUCGAAUAGCACCAGCACCACCACCACCACCACCACCACUACCAGUAGCAGCAGCAUCCUUAAUAGUAGUAGUAAUCGUUGUGAUCUGCCAGAUCCAGAUGAGAAUGAUGCAGAAGUGGCUGCCAUCAACAAGGACCCACAAUCGCCGAUUUGUGUGCAUACCAGUGAAGAUGCUAUAGCUAUAGGAGAAGGAAAGGUUAGCAAAAAUCAAGACAAUGAUGAUAAUGUUGAUGUGGAGGAGGAGGAAGAGGAUGUGGGACAUGAUACCACCGAUGCUGGAGUUGAAAUCGAGGAUAUAGAAUCGAUACUAUCCCAUCUACAUGGUACCAGUUCAACCAACUGAAAAGAAGGUCAUUUUUAAGUCGUUGACCAUCAUUCGCUUGUAAAUUACAAUUCGAAAAAUUUAAAAUUUUGUUUAAUAUUAAUUUACAUACUUAUUUAUCACUCUAUUACUAUCUAUCUCUCUCUAUUUCACUUCGGUAUCUGUAAGAUCAGUUUCCAAGAACAACAGAUUGUUGAUUUCUAAUAUACUUUAUUGCUUCUUAAUUUUUUU